AUAAGGAGAGUGAAAACUCCAGACGCCACAAAUUCUUGGGUUAAUAAAACUAUGAAUCUCAAGGAAUGUAGGGAUAGGUGCUUGAGGAACUGUUCUUGCAUGGCAUACACUAAUUUAGACAUUACAAGAGGAGGUAGCGGCUGCGCCAUGUGGUUUGGUGAUCUGCUUAAUAUCAAACAAUUGCAAUCAGAGGGUCAGGAUCUUUAUAUCAGAGUGUCUGCUUCAGAAGCAGAACUGAAGAAAAAGUCUAACGUGAGGCUUGCCAUCAUACUUACAACUGUACUUGGUGCCUUUUUUGGGUUUCUGAUAGUUGCUUGUUACAUUCGCAGAAGCAGGAGAAAGUUAACAGAUGAAGUUGAAGACAAUAAUCUAAGUGAUAAAGAGAAUAAAGACGAGCAUGAAGAUAUGGAGCUUGCAGUAUUUGAGUUUGGUACAAUAGCUCAAGCUACUGACAGUUUUUCAUUUCGUUACAAGCUAGGUGAAGGAGGUUUUGGCCCCGUUUAUAAGGGGACACUACCAAAUGGACAAGAAAUAGCAGUGAAGAGACUUUCAAAGAGUUCUGGACAAGGACUGAAAGAGUUCAAGAAUGAAGUAAAGUUGAUUGCCAAACUCCAGCAUCGGAAUCUUGUGAGGCUUCUUGGUUGCUGCAUUCAGGGAGUUGAGAGAAUGCUGGUUUACGAAUACAUGCCUAACACAAGCCUUGACGCUUUCAUUUUUGGUCAAAAGCAUUCUGAAGUAUUAACUUGGUCCAAGCGUUUUGAAAUUAUCUGUGGGAUUGCUAGGGGACUACUCUACCUUCAUCAAGACUCUAGAUUAAGGAUUAUCCAUAGAGAUUUAAAAGCUAGUAAUGUUCUACUUGACAGCGAGAUGAACCCAAAAAUUUCGGAUUUUGGCAUGGCAAGAGCUUUUGGAGGAGACCAAACAGAAGCCAAUACAAAUAGAGUAGUUGGAACUUAUGGUUAUAUGGCACCAGAAUAUGCUACCGAUGGGCUGUUUUCAGUAAAAUCAGAUGUUUUUAGCUUUGGGAUUUUAUUGUUGGAGAUUAUAAGUGGAAGAAAGAACAGAGGGUUUUAUCAUGCAGAUCAAAGUGGCAACCUUAUUGAACACGCAUGGAUAUUAUGGAAAGAAGGCAAGCCUUUGGAUGUUGCUGAUGAUUUCUUAGUAGGCACUGGUGAUCUAUCGGAGCUGUUACGAUGCAUCAACAUUAGCCUUUUAUGUGUACAACAGCAUCCUGAGGAGAGACCGAGCAUGUCAUCCGUGGUUCAUAUGUUGGGAAGUCAUAAUGAAUUGCCUUCGCCAAAUCAACCUGGUUUCUUGUUUAGCAAGAAAUUUAAAGCAUAUUCUUCACCAGACAUCGACAGAUCGUCCUCAAGAAACGAAAUAAGCUUAUCAUUAUUAGAGGCUCGGUAAAAGAAAAUAUUCCUUGGUUCAUUCAAUCUGUUAU